AUGGAACAAAAACCCAUGGAGCAAGGGGUGGACGACAUAGCCGACGAUUUACAAAGCAUGAGCUUCAACUCCACCACCACCGCCACAGACAUCCACCGCUCCACCAGUUCUGGCUCUGAAACCACCACUUGGACCUCCUCCUCCGCCCACCACUUCUACCCUCCCUCUACCGCCGUCAAACCUUACUCCUCCACCACUCCAUCCGGUGACCCAUGCUGGGACUCAAUCCGCCGCUUCCACUGCCUAUCCCUCUCCGAUCUUCGCUUUCUCCACCGCCUCGGCUCCGGAGAUAUCGGAUCCGUCUACUUAGCCAAACUCAAGUCACCGUCCUCGGAAGAGCAGCCAAAAUCCUCCCCGGUGGCUCUCUUCGCUGCUAAGGUCAUGGACAAGAAGGAACUCGCGAGCCGUAAUAAAGAAGGUAGAGCGAGGACAGAAAAGGAAAUUCUCGAAAUGCUCGACCAUCCAUUUUUGCCCACACUUUACGCCUCGAUUGACUCUCCGAAAUGGUCGUGCCUCUUGACGGAGUUUUGCCCCGGUGGAGACCUCCACGUCCUCCGCCAGGCUCAGCCGUGUAAGCGCUUCCCGGAAUCCUCCGUCAGAUUUUACGCAUCCGAGGUUGUGGUUGCUUUGGAGUACCUCCACAUGAUGGGAAUCGUAUAUCGUGAUCUCAAGCCUGAAAAUGUAUUAGUUCGAACAGAUGGUCAUAUAAUGUUGACUGAUUUUGACCUCUCUUUAAGAUGUGAUGACUCAACGUCUACACCGGUGCAAGUAAUUUCUACUCAAAAUAAGUCCAAUGCACUACCACAAAGCGAAUAUAGAAUCGACCCACCAUCGUUUGGCUCAACUUCUUGCAUUCUUCCCAACUGUAUAGUCCCUUCAGUAUCAUGCUUCCAUCCUAGGCGCAAGCGUAAAAAGAAGCAAGGCCACCACGCAGGUCCGGAACUUGUGGCCGAGCCGAUUGAUGUUCGAUCGAUGUCGUUUGUUGGGACCCACGAGUACUUGGCUCCAGAGAUAGUAUCCGGGGAAGGCCAUGGCAGUGCAGUGGACUGGUGGACCUUAGGGAUAUUCAUUUUCGAGUUGUUUUAUGGUGUGACACCAUUUCGAGGUAUGGACCAUGAGCUAACCUUAGCGAACAUCAUUGCUCGAGCCCUCGAGUUUCCAAAAGAGCCUGUUAUACCUGCCGCAGCAAAGGACCUAAUAUCUCAGUUGCUUGUUAAAGAUCCAGAAUACCGAAUGGGAUCGAAAAUGGGCGCAUCGCCAGUUAGACGCCAUCCGUUCUUUCAAGGAGUGAAUUGGGCACUUUUGAGAUGUACGGCUCCACCUUUCAUCCCUCCAUCUGUGAAUGGAGAUUAUUUAUCUGAUGAAGGUUGUCCUGGAACUAUUGUGGACUAUUACUAG